AUGAAAGCAGAGAUUGACAGUCCAAAAGGAGAUCCUGGUCCUACAGGGCUUACAGGUCAGAUCGGUCAGAGGGGACUCCCAGGAACACGUGGAGAAGCUGGUCCGAGAGGGAAGCGAGGAGAUCGAGGACCCAAAGGCCAAGCAGGGAGUAAUGGGGAGCCAGGAGCUAGAGGAGAAAAGGGAGACAUUGGCUUACCUGGACCACAAGGUCCACCUGGUCUCCAAGGUACCCGGAUCGAUAACUGUUCGUGCCUAGGUAAUCGUAGAUCGGCAGCUGAAAACCAUGGUGUUGCCAGUAUUCCCUUGGAAGAGUUGGAAACUAAGAUGCGGAGAAUCCUCCUUCAGUCAUCAAUCUCCGGGUUUAUCAUCGCCAAUGACAGUUCAGAUAAAGCAGAAGUCAUCAUUAGCAGUUUUAAAUCCGUUAAGCGUGGCCCUCCUGCUCCUCUGAUGGCGUCGGGUGACGGGUCGACAGGUGUGCAGAAUGACGUGAUCGGUGAAGCAUCUUCUGAUCAAGAUUCUGACGUUGAUAUUGGAAAUGAUAACCCUGGUGAUGGUCUUUCUCAUAUUUCGAAUAUACAUCAAAAUCAUGCAUUCGCUCCACCUGGUAGUGGUAACACUACAGCUCGCAAACCACAGCAUCUUGAUCAGGGCAGGACGUUGAAAGAAUCUGGUAAUUCUCGACUACGGGCAGGAAGUGAUGGCGAUACCGAAAACCUUUUUGUAGAACAUGCAGCGACGACAGAUAUGCCAACAUCGUUACCAGCCCAAGCUUUGAGCACGGACAGCAGGACUAUGAUCGUUGACCCACAGGAGACUUCAGAAAAUGAAGCAGGAUCAUUGUACAUCAAUGACCGCCGUGGCCACGGUGAAAGCAACAGCGUCAACUUUGGUGAAGAUCAGUCAAUGAUGGUCACUCAAUCAUCAAAGAUGACUUCCAAUCCCGACAUACCUGAUCAGCAGAUGACAACGCCUGGGGGCACCGCUGGUGGAGUGACGAGGAUGAGAAUAGAUGACCAGAAAUUGAUGAAUAUAUCAGCUCUCCUGCAGCGUCUAAACGAGCUGACAGCCAAUAAGACGUCUCUCUUGGAUUUUGUUCAGAUGGCAACAAAGAGUACGUGUGGGUGCCCUGGACCCCCAGGUCCAGUCGGUCCCCGUGGAUAUGUUGGGCCCAAGGGGGAUCAGGGUAUGGAGGGCCUUCCAGGAGCCAUAGGUGAGAAAGGGGAUAAGGGCGAUCGUGGGUCACUCAUCGACGGCGAAGGACACAUCCUCCAGGGUCCACCCGGACCAAAAGGAGACAGAGGCGUUGCUGGCUCAAGAGGACGUAAGGGGGAACCUGGUAUUGACGGAAUGGAUGGGAUGGAGGGUCUACCGGGCGUCCAAGGAGAACCUGGUCCUCGUGGUCUUCCGGGUGAAGAGGGGGAUCCUGGACCGAUGGGAAUAAAGGGUUCUAAAGGGGAUAUGGGUCCGAUGGGAACCAGGGGACAAAUCGGUUAUGAUGGCCAGAAAGGUAGCAAGGGAGAACCUGGUGUUAGAGGACACAGAGGUGUUCCUGGAUCAACAGGACCGUUUGGACCAAAAGGAAUCAAGGGAGAGCAGGGUAAGAGAGGUGAAAGAGGCUAUCCUGGUCUUACAGGUUCAUCAGGUCCACCAGGGGAAUCUGGAGCCCCAGGUCGAAACGGAAUGAAAGGACAAAAAGGAGAACGCCAUGUCUAUGUGCUCCCAGGCGGUGAACAUGUGCAACCUACCGAGUAUUUCUCUCCGACCCCUCCUAGCCCAAACCCAACAACCAAACCUGCAAACAUCGAGCCUGAGGAAAAGAUGUUUAAGAUAUAUGAACCAAUUGUGAAAUCAAAGUGCCGGCUGACAAACAUUUCUGCCCCACAUGAGAUACAUACUGUGAAAAGAUCAUACGGAACUUGGAUGACAGACACAUCUGAAGAUAGCAGACAAACUGAUGUUAUAUGGCUAACCAUGCAUCAUCAUGGGGCUAUACUCAUAGAAUACAAGAACCUUGAUGAAAUGAAAGACCGACGCCUUUCAUCCACCUACGCAUUACCCUUCCAAUGGGAUGGUAAUGGUCAUGUGGUAUACAAUGGAUCCUUCUACUAUCAUCAUAGAAACACAGGUUGUAUCAUUCGAUAUAACUUGAGUAGUGGAUCCAUUAUCAAACGUGUACCAAUAACAUCGCUAGGUUACCAAGACAACGACCUGUUCCAACUGUCUUCAGGAUACACCAAUGUUGACUUUGCAGUGGAUGAAAAUGGCCUGUGGAUCAUCUACCCACUCACUCGCCCUGGAUCAAUCGGUAAACUUGCCGUCUCCAAACUUGACCCUGACUCGCUGGAAAUCAUCACAACUAUCACAACAGAUCAUAACUUCCAGUCAACGGCCAAUGCCUUUAUUAUCUGCGGUGUGUUGUACACGACGAAAGGACCGCACAGCAGACCAUCAAGGGUUGAUUUUGCUUUUGACUUGCUAAGAGAGGUCGUUUUGGAGGAUAUCAGUAUGAACAUUGAAAACAGACAUCGUAGAACUGUUAUGCUCUCGUAUAAUCCUCGAGAUAGACUGCUGUAUGGAUGGGAUAAAGGCAGACUUCUUACAUAUCAUGUGACAAUCAAGGAAUAUACAGAUGAUUAAAAAAAAAGGAUCUGUAUGCAGCAUUGUAAAUAUGUGUAUUAUGAUAUUGUAAAUGCACUGGUAUAGUUGAUACAAAGAUUGAACUGAGAGGAGUUAUUUUAUAAAUAAAUUAUGUAUCGAAUAAUUACCUUGAUAAUAGUAAUUACAACAUGAAAUAAGCCAUCCAAAUUGAACACUCUAAUAACCACAUUGUAAAGUCCAACGAUCAUGCUAUCAAUAUUAUCUCAUUCUCUAACAGAAUACAAUUUUUUUUUUUUUGUUUUGUCCAAAAUUAGUCUUUAAGUCCAAGUAACAACAGUACUUUGACAAUUAAGAAGCAAGCGAGACAGACUGCAUACAUUUAAUUCCUCUACAUCAGGAAUACCACUCUGCUUUUUUUCAGGGAGCAGUCAACGAUCAUUUGGGUAAAAAAAACAUUACUCAUGUAAGGUAGAGAAACCAUCCUUUUUGAUAAUUUAAUAACAUUUCUUGUAUAAAGAGAAUGUCAUGUACAUGUUUAUUUCUUUUAAGGUGCUAUAACUUAUGUAUAAAUUGUAAAUAUGUAUAUAUUUUACAUCAAUUCGUGAUAUCGAUCUUAUUCUAAAUAGUUUUAUGGUAAAAUGGCACAGUUGUAAGCAAAUAACUAAUGCACGGUUGUACAUAUACUUUAAAUAAUAGCAAGAAUGAACUAAAUCUUUUUCUCAAUUCUUUUAAAAUGAAAUCUGUCCCUAUCAUAUUCAGGUGGGUGUAUAUGAGUGAUUUCUUGGAAUGAUAAACUCAAUGUUUACUCCUUCAAUCUAAAUAGCUUCAUGCUAUGGAGUAUCAGAUCAAAAUAUUUCAGCUUUUGUUUCCUUUUUAGAUAACAUCCUGUAUUUUAUAUACACAUGCUGGAAAAAAUAUGUCAAGUUAUGAAAAAAAAUUAACAAUCACAAAUUUUAGAUUUUUCUGAGUAACAAAAUAAUUUUAUUCACAUUUUCCUUUUUAUGCAUGUUAACAUGACAAGAUAGGCAAAAAAUUAACACUUGAAGUCUAUGUACAUAACUAUGUUAAAGGAUACAUGAAAACAGAAUGUGUACUUUGAUAUUUUCAAGUACUGUGGAUAAUCUUAUAAAAAAAAGGUGCAUGCACAAUUUUACAUGGACAGAAAAUAUGUAUCUUAGCUACGAAAAUGUAAAAGAAGUUCGAUGACAAUUUAACCUCAGCACCAUCAAGGGAGCAUAUCAUGAUACAAAUAGUCAGUUAUAAGCUACUGCAAAUUCUUGCAUCUGAUUGGCCGAGAGCAAUUUAAUCAGCGAAAAAUCACUGACUAAUCUUUCCUUGAAAAUGGUACCCGGAUAUGCAGGGUGACAAAUGCUGCUUCUAACAACUCAAGACAGGUCAUUUUCACAAAAUAAGAAAAAAUUCAAAUCUGGGAUAUUGAUCAUUUUGUUUUCUUCUCAUCUACAUGUCAUGUGUUUUUUAUGGCACGAGGUACAAAUAAACUUAAAACUUGAUACCAAAUAGAAAUUUUAUUAGGACAUAAUGAAAAGAUGACAUGGAACAAUUUGGAAUCCACAACAUAAAGGUUUGCAGACAAUGUCAUAUUUCAAUGCCAGCUAUUUUGAUAUCACGUUAUACAGUUAUGGAAUGCUAUGUACUCGUAUUACUUUUCAGCCAUUCUGUGCGAGUCCUUUGGUAAAACAUGUAAAUGAAUAGUCUAUGACCAGGAGUAACUUCCUUGAAACCAACAAUAGCUUCUUUAGACAUUGUAUGAUUUUAGUUCAUUAACUAAAAGCUAUUCAGAUUUAGUAAUAAAUCUUCUCACAAAAUUAAA